AUGGAUUUCUUUUCUCUUAGCUUUGAGAGCACAAUAAUCAUAUCACAAAUCCUCCGAAUCCUUUUCUCAUCAGGCCACUUUUUCAAGUACAUGCUCAAGCUUCUCCUCUCUUAUACCCCUCUCUCAGCCGACUCCCAUGCAGAUGGACAAGAUUCUGAAACUUCUUCACAGAACUACAACACCCCAUCUCCUUUAUUUGUCCCAGUUCCUGUCCACUGUGUAAGUGAGUCAUUGAAAGACCAGCUCCGGGUGGUGGAAUACACCGGGCUUCUCGACAAGUUCGAAGCCACGAAAGAAGGUGAUUCACAGUGUGCAGUGUGCUUGAAUAUCAUAGGAGAGGAGCAUGAAGUGAGGGAGCUUGGAAACUGCUGUCAUGUGUUCCACAAAGAGUGUAUAGAUGUUUGGAUGGAUCAGGGCCAGGCAACUUGCCCUCUGUGCAGAUCAAAGCUACUGCCUGCAGCUGCAGAUGAACAUAGAAGGGACGAGAUGAUCAAGAAUGGAGGAGGUCCAUGGAGGAGGGAGAGGAUGAUUUACUUUUUUGGUGAAGAUUAUGUGAUGGGGUAA